AUGUCCGUGACCACAACUUCCACUACCUCUUCUGCAUCAGCAACUUCCAGCUGCCAUGCAAAGCUGUAUGACAUUCCAACCCACGAUGCCGCAUGCGCAAUGCCUAUUCAAAGCAACAACUCAGCUAUCAUGAGUAGCUGCUGCUCCGAGGCCUCCGUCGUCGAGUACGACGGGUGUGACUACUACUGUCUUGCUCAGGGGCAGACCGUUGCAACCCUCGCCGAGUGCCUGAUCAAGGCUUCCGAGCCCGGGGAGGUGUGGUGCAAUACCAACGCUAACGCUACGGCCACCGCGACAGCCACGGCCACUGGUACCGGGAUCGUGACCCUCAGUGCGUCGACUACCGGUACGGAUUCCACUAGUUCGGGCACAUCAACUGGCUCGACUGCCACCUCCACUGCCAAUGCGGCUGCUGGUGUGGUGGCGGCUCAUCCGCUGUCGAAGUCCGCCAUUGGUAUGGUUGGAAUUUUGUUGGCUGGCUCUGUCGCUGGCCUAUUCCUUUGA